AUAUGUAAUGGCUGUGAACAAUGGCUCAGUGAAUAUUGCAGAUGGGUUUCCUUAUAUCAGGUGAGAAUGUUUAAUUAACCAAAUUAACAUUAUUAGCUUACCAAUUACAUGGCUGUUAAAUGGGUACUCUAAGCAACAUAAUCACAGCAGUUCACUGUAGUUGUUCUAUUGCCUAGAUUGCCCUGGUUUAAUGUCAAACAAUUUUCUCAGCACUCAGAAACUUUACCAUCCUCAGCUGUUUUGAAAGCACCCACCCACAAUACAUAUUAAUGUCAAUGAAGUUAUUUUGGGGGAAGGAGUGUAUGGGUGCCAUCUUACCUUAACGGAUUACACUGUUUGCGUAUGGUUUAACCCUGAAGUUGGUCCCCUGGUGCCCGACAGCUCUGGAAGGUUUGCUGGGUGACCAGUGAUAGGCCAAAAGGGUAGCGUAAUAGUUCAUACUUUUACUCUUAAUUGUUGGCAAGUUAUAGGAUGAAAGUAUCGGAUGACGAACUCCUCUAAUCACCAGUGCCCAGUUAAAUUGUUAUAGGGGUAGCAGUAUUAUUUUAGCAGUGCUUCUUUUGCAUUGUCAUUGUCAACUUGUGCCCAUUGAUAGUAUGAGAGUAAAAAAAAUGGUAAAUAGUAGGAGAGUAGUGGCCAAACCCGUUUCCGACACCCUCAGCCAACCAACGCAGUCCAUGUCUCAAUGUACACAGCUAGAGUGUAUGUACACCAUGGAGGCACAUGGCAUAACCAAAAGUGGAGAUAUACACCACACGUAGCACUAAUUCAUUUUAAACACAGUAGCACAUAUUAUAUGGAAACUUAAUGUAGACAACUACUACUAGGUAGAACUCGUAACUAAUCAAUUCUUAUUGUUACUGUUAUUAGGAUUUAUAUAGUGCAAUCAUUUCCGGCAAUACUUUACCAGUAUAUGAAAAAAAUGUUGAGACACACAAAGAGAAGAAAGUACAGCUCAGAUGAGAUGGGAUUGGUCCAAUAUGAGCAAAUUAUGUAUACAGAGCAAACUUACAAAGAAAAUCAUAUGUUUUUCUAAAUGGCAUCAAUAAUUUAAUAUUAUUCAGUCAGAAAAACAAAACCUCUGCUAUAUUUUUAUUUUAAUAGAUGGAUGGACAAUACUGAUUUAGAAAUGAGCUUCCUUUACCCUUAGCUGUCCAGGAUUUGUGGAUAUAUUUACUAAUCCCGAGAUGUCUUAUUUUAAUUAACUGAGACAUCUGUAGUAAAGCUAAUAAAAUAUUGGCUCCAAUUUCACUGAUCUCAAAUACCCCAUUCUAUUAAUCUUUUUGCCUCCUCCCUGUAUUUUUCAAAUGCUUGAUUUUAUGUCUGAUUUAUGUUGAAUUAUUUGUGAGCAGAGAAUAAUUUAAUAAUAUUCUUUUGGGCAGCACGUGUGGAGCUUACCCACCCCAAAGUUGCAUAUUUUCCCAGGUUCUUAAUGUAGGAGCAAUGUUAGGUAAGUGAUAUUUGUUUGGAUAAUCCAAUACUUUAAGACAGUUAUACUAAGCUGAGUUCAUCUCUAUUCAUGAACAGCAUGCAACAUGCAUACUUCUCCAGGAUCUCCAGAAAAAAGUAAAAAAACCUGGCCUAUUUGUAGUAUACCGGUUUUUAUUUUUCACUUUCACUUUUUAAGCACUUUAGAGUGCCGAUUUAGUUUACUGAUGUAAACACGUGAUCACGUGUAGCAUAGCACAGGAUGGUAAUAGGCUAUUGCACCACUUGCAACAACCUAGAUACUCAGCUCUCAAGAUUCGUUUUUGCCUGUCUAGGCCUCGUAGGCUUUGUUGUUUACCUACAUUGGGAAUAGGCAUUAGUGACCACUUAAUUAGGACUUCUGCCUUUUUUAACAGACCUUUUUUCAGAAUGCAGUACAUAUCCCAUAUGAUUGAGCGAAUUUGGAGUAGCCGCAAUGUACAUUGAUAUAAACAUUGAUAUAAACAGUACCAUUAUGCUAUAGUUAGGUACAGGUGUUUUUGGGAGACUACAGCAUCUUCAUUAUUUCCUUCUACAUCGUGUUGUAACCAGUAGCAAUCUCAUAUAUCCCUAUUUUGUUACUUACCGUUCUGUCACACAUUCUUUUCUACUUAACAUUGUUUCAAUGUGCGAUGGGCAAUGAUUAAUACAGCCUGGAGUUUACAUAGUAACUAUUAGAUUAAUUCUAUGGACUGUAAGCUCGUUUGAGCAGGGUCCUCUUCAACCUAUUGUUCCUGUAAGUUUUCUUGUGAUUGUCCUAUUUAUAGUUACAUCCCCCCUCUCAUAAUAUUGUAAAGCACUACGGAAUCUGUUGGCGCUAUAUAAAUGGCAAUAAUAAUAAUAAUAAUAAUAAUUCCUUUUGCUACUGUAAUCACUCUUCCUAUAGUUCAUUUCAGUCCAUUAGGAGCAUACUAAUUUUAACUGUGAUAGUUUCUUUACCAGAUAGAGGAUCUCCCUUCUGGAAUUCAUUUUCCUCAUUCUAAUAAAAGGAUGUGCAGCAAAGAUAUAUUCCCCAGCAUUUCCUCCUGACCGUUACCUGACUAGUAUUAUGCUCCGCACGGCUACAAAGAGGGAAGGGGUGCUGACCCCUUCCCUCUUUGUAGCCGUGCGGAGCAUAAUACUAGUGAUCUUUCUUUUUUAUUUACGACAUGUUUCUCACCCAAGUUGUGUCAGCAUAUUAUAGUUUGUUGCUUAAUUGCAUUUAAUUGAUGUUUCUUUACUGUGAUCUUUUUUGAUAUGUUUAAUAUUAUGUGGUAAUGACAUGGACAGACGUUAAGUUUCUCUUUUUUACUUUCAUAUUGCUAAGGAGAUGCCCUGGGCUUCAGCAAAUAAUCUCAGUAGCUAUGGUAAAAUGAAGCAAAUAAUCUCAGUAGCUAUGGUAAAAUGAAGCUAUUUUUUUUACUCAUUUUUAUCUUAUUAGCUGCAUGGAUCUGUGUGAUCAGAUUCCAGCAGAUCAGAGACUAUGGCUUCCACUCCCGCUUGAACUCUGCAAGCUUGGCCAUGGGACUUCUUACCGCUUUAGGAACUUCUAUUGUUGCAAAUUUUCAGGUGAGACUUUUUUCAAAACAUAUCAGUAUUAUGUGUACAUUUUAUGAUUUGUCCUUCAAAAAAUAAUUCUGCAGUGACAGUUAAAAAGUAUAAAAUUAAAUUACCUAUGUAAGUAAGACUCUAGAUUAGUUUCCUAAACAUUAUAUAUAACAAGUGUGCAAUAUGAAUGAUUAAGUUUAUAUGCAAGUGUUAGUUACAGUUUAGUGUGUAUAAAAUGCUUCUUCUGAGAGUUUCUGAAAUUAUAAAAACACAUCAAUUUCAUAUUCAGUUUUUGCGACAGCAAGUAAUGACUAUGAAUGGUUUAAACUUCGACUAUGUGUAUUUGUAAGACAUUUUCUAGUGCUUUUUGGGAAUACAGAUUCCUAAAGAGACAGCGAAAAACAGCAUAAUCAUUGAAUCAGCAACAUGAUGGGGGGAAAAAAACACAGCAAGAAAAAACAAACAGCAAAAUAUGAUUACCCUGAUCAAAGCCUUAAAUUAAAAAAAAGAAUAAUCUGUGCUGUUCAGGAGACCCCAAGUUGCUCUUUCCCAUGCACCUAGUGUGUAGAUGAUACAAAAAUAAAAAAAUAAAUGAGGUUCCCAAGAUUAUCUAAGGUAGAGGUGCCCAAAAGGUAGAUCCCCAGUUGUUGUAGAAAGCAUCAUGGAAGUUGCAGUUUAAAAAAAUCUGGGGAUGUGCCAUUUGGGCACCCCUGAUCUUGGGGGACAGUGAAUGUGCCCCUCUGCUUAAUAUACAAGGGGGUGGAUUAAGUAUAUAUUGAGUAGGGGACCAGUGAGCUGCCUUUACUGGUUUUACUCUUCCUACAUUCGAUAUAUGGGAUUAUUGGUAAUCCACAUCAGUAAGUAUCCAUUUGUAUUUCCUUAUAUUAUGCAGAAGACAACCCCGUUCAUCAAUCCAGAGAUUCUCACCAUUUCCUCAUCAUGUCCUUUCUUAAAAUGUCUUUACUUUUUAUUACAUUAACUUGUGUUUUAUUUAUCUAUUUAAAAAAAAAUAUAUAUGCAACCAAUAUCUGUUAUGUUCCACAGCAAUCUAUUCAGCUGCAAGUACAUUUAGUUGGAGCGUUCUUGGCGUUUUUUGUUGGCAAUGUCUACUUCUGGAUGCAGACAGUUUUGACCUACUACUUGAAGCCAAUGCCUCUUCGACAUAUGGUUGGAACCAUGAGAUUUUGUCUGUGUAUUGCUUCCACUGCACUGCUUGCCAUGAGUAUCCUUAACAUUCUGAAUUAUCUAGAAGGUGAUAGUAUGUAGAGGCUAUGUGGAACACAAUAGGGUAAACAAGUACAGAAUUAAAAGGACACUGUAGGCACCCAGACCACUUCAGCUAAUUGUGUCCCUUUUGCACCUAAUGCUGCAAUGUAAAACAUUGCAGUUCCAGAAAACU